AUGGUAGGUGUCGGAGGCCGAAGCAAAGGCUGCAAAACCUGCCGGAAACGAAGAGUAAAAUGCGACGAAGGAAAGCCAACAUGCGAUCGCUGCCACAAGGUGGGCAGAGAGUGCGAAGGCUAUACCCAAUACAUUGAGUUUCACGAUGAAACUUCUCGAAUGGCUCAGAAACUAUCGCCAAAUUAUCCUCCACAUCAAGUAUCUUGUCCAUCAACUGUCAGCCAUCAGCACUGGGAUGAAUCAGUCAUAGAGUUACCUUUCACCCCUCUCUUAAUGAACCCGGUGUGGGAUGAGAAUACGCUCUUCACGAAAUUUUUGGUCGAUAAGUUGUUUACCUGGGAUGAGGAUCCGACUUCGCCUCAUUCAGCUGGUUGGAUUUCGAUGUUGCUGCGCCCGACAGAAGACGAGACCGCAUUAUCAUUUAAUUCGAUUCGAGCCUUGGCUACGUCUUAUUUUGCAAAGGUGCAUGGUCAUGCGAGUCUACUCCAAAAGGGCGCAAGGCAGUAUUCACAUGCGCUGGGAGCUUUGCAGAGACAAUUGCACGAUUCAAGAUGUGCGAUGGAGGACGAUGUACUACUGGCUAUUAUCUGCAUGUCAGUUUAUGAGCUGGUCACGGUGACAGAUCCAUCUGCUUGGAUCAGUCAUUGUACUGGACUGGCACAACUCAUUGCUAUAAGGGGCCCGCAUCGGCAUCAGUCGGGGGUGGGCCAUGCUGUUCUUCCUACAAUAAGAUCGUCUAUUUCGAUUGCGUAUAUCGUCAAUCGGAAACGAUGUUUCUUAGAAGAUCCCGAAUGGAAAACCAUUCCCUGGGCUCUACAAGGUCUGGAUUCUAAGAUCCCGGUAGAGAGACUGCACGACUUCUUGGUCAAUAUCCCCGGUAUCCUUGAAGAAAUGGAACGUCUUCUAGCUUGGGAUCCCAAGUUACCUGGCCGAGAAGAAUUCAAAGAAAAGCACUGUCAACGAACCUUCCGGACACUCGAAGAGCUUUACUCCUGGCGCUGGGAUUGGCAGCGCGAGUUUUCAAACUCUACGUAUCUCAUACGACCAAAUGAUUUUGAUUUUGAGGAUUCCUUUCUUCUGCCCUCGAGUCCGUUUGAAACAGUCAUCUGGUUCAGUACACCUUACCGUGCUACGGAGCUGAUUAUGUACAACUCCAUCCGCUUGCUCUUGACAAUGGCUCUGGAAACGGCAGGUAUUGAUAUAGAGGUCCCUGUGUCCGUAAAUGGGCUAAACGAUCCUCUCCUACCCAUGCAGGGCAGUCGACAUGAUGUUGCUGUUGAGAUCUGCCGGAUGUCGAAUUUUCACUUGCGAAGCUUUCAUCAAAGCUCAGGGGCUUUCAUGCUCCUUUUUCCACUGAAUGUGGCUCUUCGUCAUCUGGACGGUGACAAGGGUAGAGUUAAGCCGUGGCUUCGGGGAGUCAUGGCUAUAAUUGCCGAUCUACAUGGAUUUGAAGUCGGUCGACGCGAUUUUAGAUCAAUGAUAAUCGAGCAGAAAAAGGUUCAAAGUAUAUGA